AUGGCGAGCAAAGCCGCAAUUAAGCGACUCACUAAAGAGGCGCAGCUGAUGGACAAGGAUCCUCCGCCGCUCGUCUAUGCUCGUCCCCGUGAGGACAACAUCCUGGAAUGGCAUUACAUCCUCCGCGGACCUCCCGACACACCGUAUUCGGGAGGCGAGUACCACGGCCAGCUGCUCUUCCCGCCCGAAUUUCCGUUCAAGCCGCCAGGAAUCAAGAUGCAGACGCCGAGCGGUCGGUUUGCGCCCAACACCAAGAUCUGCACCUCGAUGAGUGACUACCAUCCGCAUACGUGGCAGCCGGGCUGGAAUACCUCGACGAUUCUCAUCGGCCUGCUGUCAUUCAUGUGCUCGGACGAGAUGACCACCGGCUCGGUCACGGCUUCGGAUGCGGAUCGUCGCAAGCUGGCCGCGCAGUCGCACGCCUUUAACCUGACGCAGAAGAAGUUCUGUCAGAUCUUUCCCGAGUACGCCGAUGCGCAGAUCAAGGACCUGCCCAACAUGGGCGACAAGAAGCCGGCUGCGUCCACGAGCGCCGAUGGCGGUGCGGGCAGUGCUGGACAAGCUGCCACAAGCAAGACUGAAAAGGUGGGAUCCGAUACGCUUGUUCCGUCUUCGGCAUCGGGUUCUGCUGCAUCUCAGGGCUUGAGAAAUCGGAACGAGGCAUCAACAUCAAAUUCUGCGGCUACCAACACAACUGCAGCACCAGCCGGUACGGGGACAGACGCUUCGAAACGAGUUGACGAUGCAGCAGCAGCAGUAAGACCGCGUAACAACAACAACAAUAACGGGCGUCGAGACGUGUUUGGGGUACGCAGCUCCCUGGUGGUGCUUGCUGUACUAGCAUAUCUCUUCAUCAGUCGUGUCAUGAACGCCACUGCCAACGGCAUCAUCUGA